AUUUUGUUGCCUCCUUCGCCACUCUCUUCUCAAAUAACCAUUGUACGUAUAGCACCUUCGUCAUCACAACUUUACAAACCAUGAUGACGGUGCUCCACUCCCAAACAAGUUAACACAGCUCUCGCAGUUUGAGUCUUCAUUGUUCGGCUUCUUCAUUUUGCCGGAGACCUUUUUGAUGAAAUGCGUCACCCAUACCUAUGCGUAGAAGUAAAACAAACUUGAAUAUUGGAGCCACAGUGAUCAAAGUUGGUUGUUCUACCAGCUUCCUGUGUAGUUUGGUGAACUGGGCAUGAUGUUUAUGUGUGCUGCUAUUGCAUGGAGAUGCUUGUUGUGAGGAACUAGUAUUACAAAAUUCCAAAAUCUACCACUUUUAAGCGUUAUAAAUUGGGGGUAUGGGCAGUAAAACUUUGUUUAAAUGGCCAAAGCAAAUUACGAAUUCCCUAGUUGAACAGCUAAUAAAAGCAGAAAAGGACGUACACAAAGCUGUCCUUAUGUUUGAUUCGGCAACAGCUGAAUAUGGCAAUGGGUUUCGUCAUGAUCACAAAACUUUUGGUCUCAUGAUCUCUAGGUUAAUCACUGUGAACCAGUUCAGGUCAGCAGAAGGAAUGCUCGAGAGAAUGAAGCAAGAAAAUUGCAAGGUUACAGAGGACAUAUUUGUAACUAUAUGCAGGGGUUAUGGACGUGUGCACAGGCCACUUGAUGCUAUCAGGGUUUUCCACAAGAUGGAAGACUUUCAGUUAAGGCCCACUCAAAAAUCUUACGUGACAAUCCUUGAUAUUCUUGUGGAGGAAAACCAUGUAAAAAGGGCUAUUAGUUUUUACAGGGGCAUGAGAGAAAUGGGCAUUCCACCUAGUGUUGUUUCCCUCAAUAUUUUGAUCAAGGCCCUCUGCAAAAACAAUGAAACUAUUGAUGCUGCUUUACAGAUAUUUCGUGAGAUGCCCAACCGUGAAUGCCAGCCAGAUUCAUAUACAUAUGGUACAUUGAUUAAUGGGCUGUGUAGACUGGGAAAAAUCAGUCAGGCAAAGGAAAUAUUCAGAGAGAUGGAGCAGAAAGGUUUUUCACCUUCUGUUGUUACCUAUACUAGUUUGAUACAUGGAAUGUGUCAGUCUAAUAAUUUGGAUGAAGCUAUAAGUUUGCUUGAAGAGAUGAAGAGAAAUGGCAUUGAGCCAAAUGUUUUUACUUAUAGUUCUCUAAUGGAUGGUUUAUGUAAAGGUGGCCUUUCAUUUCAAGCAAUGGAGUUGUUAGAAAUGAUGGUCAGAAAACAUCAUUUACCUAACAUGGUCACUUAUAGUACUUUAAUCAAUGGACUGUGUAAAGAAGGAAAGCUUAGUGAAGCUGUGGAGAUUCUUGAUAGAAUGAGGCUCCAAGGCUUGAAACCAAAUGCAGGGUUGUAUGGGAAAAUCAUAAGUGGCCUCUGUGCUGCAUGCAGCUAUCAAGAAGCUGCAAACUUCAUUGAUGAGAUGUUGCUUGGUGGUAUUCCACCAAAUCGAGUAACUUGGAGUCUUCAUGUUAGUAUGCAUAACAAGGUUGUCCGAGGCCUUUGUAAUAAUAUUGAUUCACCACGUGCCUUUCAGUUGUAUCUUAGUAUGCGUACUAGGGGGAUCUCUGUUGAAAUUGGCACUUUUGACUGUUUAGUCAAAUGUUUUUGUAAGAGAGGAGACCUGCACAAAGCUGCUCGGAUUCUUGAUGAGAUGGUAUUAGACGGCUGCAUUCCAGAUGAGGGAUUAUGGAAUGUAGUAAUGGGUGGACUUUGGGAUCGGAAAAAAGUGAGAGAAGCCACUGAGCUACUGUUGGCUGAGCUGAAGCAAAAAAUUGUUGAGUCUGAAAGUUGAAGUUUGUGACUCCAUAGAUAUGUGUUGCAUCUUACUAAAACCUUUGGCGUCACAUGGUCCCCCCUGGCUUUUUCUUUUGUAAAAGGUGCAGCCUUUUCAAUUCAUGAUCUCACUUCCUCAUUUCAAAUGGUUGGCGUUCUCAAAUGAUUAGUGCUUCCAUGACCGAUGCUUAGAGCUUCUGUUAGACAUGUAAUAUAAAACUAUUCAUGUGUUUUCAUCUAAAAGUUUAAGCUUUUGGAAAAAUUGGUUCAUGACAUAAUAUUAAAGCUUCUAUGACCAAGUGGUCUAGAGUUUGGUCCAUGAUGUUUCUGUUCUUCUAAUAAAAAAGUUGAGUUUUAGUACAAGGUAGACGAACCUUUGAUUGUCCAUGCUUCAAAUCCGAAUGACUUUUGCAUUUGGAGUCGUGUUAGAGAUGUAAUAUAAAACUAUUCAUGUGUUUUCAUCUAAGUUGAUUCAUGACAGCUUCAAAUUGACGAACUAGAUAUGCUUCCACAAGAGCAAGAUUUAUAAAUGGGCUUACCUUUGGGGCUGACUUUAUAUUUCAUAUAUCCUCACUCUCUCUUCAACAGUGGACGCUGCCUUUGUUCUUCCCCAUCCUUUUUUGAAACUUUAAUGAGGAAACUGUUUGUUGGAAAAGAUUUUCCAGAGUUCUGGCCUUCUGGGCAAGGUAAACUCAGGUCGCGGGUUCGAAUCAGCCUCUCUGCAAAAAGCAGGGGAAAGACUGCCUAGAGUAUUCCCUUCCCCAGACACUCACGAA